AAAAAACUCCACUGUCGUCCACUUUCUCUCUCUUUCUCUUUCUCUCUCUAGUAAUUAUAAUUAUAAUAAUUAAAAUUAAAUUAAAAUAAAAAUAAAUAAAAAUAAAAAAUAAUAAGUCCAACUCCACCGCCUCGGAUUCCAACAACUUCCCCCAAUUCUUUCACCAAACUCCGAUUUAGGGUUUCCAAAUCUGCCCCCUUUUUCCGAUCGUCUUCAAAAUUCAUACCAAGUUUCGAUUUUUCAACUCAUUGGAUUCGAUUCUAAACCCCUUUUGUCACUCAGAUGACUUCAAUCUCUUCAGUUACCAUUGGCCUAAUGCUUGAAGGGGCCACAGGCACCACCAUAUGGCUAUGAACUAUUUUUGGGCGUAUCUGGAAUUACUGGGGGACUCACUUAUGUAAAAUAUAUCAAUGGUACCCGAAGGAUAGCGGAGUUAUGGACUGUUUUCGAGCUGUUAUUUAUUUUAAAGGUUCAUUGCCGCAUUGGUUAUUAUCAUUAUUUCUAAUAUGGAUAUCCGGUUUUCAGGAUGUAGUGGCAUUGCAGCCACUGCUUAAGCAAACUAAUUUUUCUUCCGUAUCAGAGCUAACAAAACAACCUAUUAGUGGAUUCUUCGAGCCAAUUGAAAUAUCACCAGCUGUUCUUCCACAUAAUCCACGUCCAGAUGAACCUUUACCUCCAAUGUACCCGACCUUCCCAACAAGAUAUAAUCCUGUCUUGACUGGAAAAUGUCCUGUAAAAUUUUCUGCAAUAUCGAGUAUCUUGGACAAAACAGCAUCUGAUUGUUCUCAACCUUUGGCAGCACUUGUAGCAAAUGUAAUAUGUUGUCCCCAACUUAAUAGUUUAGUUCAUGUCUUCAAGGGUUUCUCUAGCUUCAGCUCAGAUAAGUUGGUGUUACAAAACUCGAGUGCUAAUUACUGUUUCGAAGAUAUUAUUAAUAUCUUGGCGAGCAGAGGGGCAAACAGUUCAAUUCCCACGCUUUGCUCGGUAAAACCAUCAAACCUCACAGGUGGGUCUUGCCCGGUAAAUGAUGUUCUUACAUUUGAAAAAACGGUUAAUACAAGCAAAUUACUGGAGGCUUGCAGUAGUGUGGAUCCUCUUAAGGAGUGUUGCAGACCGAUUUGUCAGCCUGCAAUUAUGGAAGCUGCACUCCAGAUUUCAGGAAAACAGUUGACGAUCAAUGAGAACAAGAAUGUAGCGGGGGGUUUUGCUCAUUUUGAUUAUCUUAGUGAUUGUAAAGGAGUGGUUUAUGCAUACAUUUCAAGGAAACUAUCAAUGGAUACAGCAAAUGCUGCAUUUCGAAUAUUAUCAUCCUGCAAAGUUAACAAAGUUUGCCCUUUGGAUUUUAAGCAGCCUUCAGAAGUUAUCAAAGCAUGUCGCAAUGUAGCUGCCCCGAGUCCUUCCUGCUGCAGCUCAUUAAAUGCUUACAUUGCUGGAAUACAAAAGCAAAUGCUGAUUACAAAUAGACAAGCCAUGAUCUGUGCAACAGUAUUUGGAUCCAUGUUGCGGAAAGGAGGGGUGAUGACUGAUAUUUUCGAGCUUUGUGAUGUUGACUUGAAAGAUUUUAGCAUACAAGCAUAUGGACAAGAAGGUUGUCUCCUUCGAAGCCUUCCUACAGAUGUGAUAUUCGACAAUAUAACCGGCUUCAGCUUUACAUGUGACUUGAGUGACAAUAUUGCAGCACCAUGGCCUUCAUCAUCUUCAAUGACAUCGAUUUCCCUUUGUGCACCCGAGAUGUCGCUGCCUGCAUUACCAACCUCGGAGACUUUUAAAAACACCGGCUGUGGUGGUAUCGCGGUGGAAUUUGUUGUACCCAUUUUUUCAUUUUUGGUUUUCGGUGCAUUUUCGCUCUGAAAAAUACUAAAGCUGAUGAGGGUUGGUUGGGAAUUAGGAUGGUUUUAUUAGGGUUGGGGGGGGGGGGGGGGGGUCCUUUUUUUUGGAAUUGACCUUUUGGUGUGGAUUUUGCUUGUAAAUUUUGAGUUAGUCUUUUUCUCCAUGUAUAGCACAAGUUUCUUUCUUUCUUCUUCUUCUUUUGUUAAUUUCAGAUCAGAGUUCCACAUU